UUGGUAUUUGGUGACAGUGCCAUCAAUAAAAUAAAUUAAGAUUCUGAAACCUUCUUUAACUGUUUAAAAGAGAAUUUGUAAUGAUUUAUUACGGUUUUACAGCAGUAACUAGGGUAUUUUGGCGGAAACUAGGGUUACCAUGGUAAAAAUUUUGCAAAGGAUUUCCUGUUGUGAGGAUCUGCCGUUAGAUUGAAUCUAGACGGGACUCAAGCUCGUGCCACGUUACGCUACGGUGCGUUAGCCUCAAAUGUGUUCCCUGUCAUUUCUCGGUAAAGUACUGUCCUUUCAUAGAUUCACUCAAGUAUUUGAGCUGAAGUAGAAUAAUCGCAAGGAACAUAGUUGUCGGUAUCUGUAGUAGAUCUACAGCGUCCAAAUCUUAGAAAGAGGAAUAGUGUUAUUUUAGUCCAAUACAGCGUAACUGCAUUAUGCAGAGUGGAGCCUUUUUUCUCGCUCGCAAAUAAAAUAAUGGGAGAGAAAUGAGAAGGAAAACAAAAGCGCAGCGAAUUCUUGACUACGAAAAUGAAGAGGAUGAGGAAGAGGAACAAAAACCGGACUGCUUCAGCAAUGGUGCACAGAAACGAAGAAAAAUGUAUUCCUCCAAAGAGAAAGCAGAAGAAAAUAGCUCAUCCGACGCCGGGCUUCAGAAGUUAGAUAUCAAGGUUAAUGAGCUGGAUUGUUCUUCCGCAGACCUCUACACUGACAGUCCUCCUGCUUCUGAGUCUGAGGAGGCUCAUUAUUUACAGUCCUAUUCGAAGAAGGAGCUUAUUGCCAUGGUCUUAUGCAUGCAGAGGGAAAUGGAGGACUUGAAGGAACAACUUAGGUGCCUUACAGCAUGUGGAAAGCUAGCAAGAAACCUGGAAAUGCUGAUCGAGAAGACCCAGAUGUGGUCAAAUGGGAACAAUGGGACAUCUCUCGGGACCCCAGAUUCUCAAGGCACGGCGCAGGCACCUGCCGAGGCAGAUGCUGUGAUACCAGAUGUGCGUUCUCCUCCAGCCAUUGUGAAUGGGCAAUGGCUGAAUCAGGGUCCAGGACCACAGAAACCUCAUGAGGCCACUCAGAAUGCUCAGAGGGAUGGGCUCUUCACAGAGUUUAUCACUCCUGAACUUUUGGAGAGGUGUAACACAGGCACCACUGCCCAAAAACUGACCAACGACCUGCUCCGUGGACUCUACGAGAGAGAAUGCCUGGCUUCCCACUCUAUAUCUGGAGUCGUGUACAACAAGAGAGGCCAACCAAAGCCUGCUCUCCCCACCGAAGAGGUCCAGGCAAUCCUGAAAACCGUUCAGUAUUUCUUCCCUGGCAAGACUGACGCAGAGAUCAAGGGCUACAUCCGACAGAAACUGCAAAACGAAGCCAAGAGGCUGAGGAAGAAACCGUCACUCACAGGCCAAUAUGAGUCUAGAGGUUUCAAUGUACCGUUAGAUAUGAUCGACCAGAAUUGAAACGUACGGUUAGUGGAUAUUAAUUGCGUGUUCUCCAUUAAAUUAGCCUUAUUUGGUGUUAAUUACAAUUAAAGUCCUGGACUCAAGUGAAAUUGAUGUGCAUUGACAAUAGUCUUCAAAGAAAGUCACAAUGAUCUCUUGCAGCAGUCGUUCGGCGGUUGACGGUUGUGGCGUUUCUGAUGUGAAAAUGCAAAUUAGCGAUUCCAGAUAAGUCCAAAUGUUGCAUUCACGAAAGCCUCUGGCUGCAUUGAGCACAGUCGACGCUUAGAUAUCGAGAUGUUUAGAUAUUAAUGAUGUGUCUCUGUGAACGUCUGUUUUUUUAAUACUUUGUAUUUAACAGAUGUAGGAUUUCAGGACGUACCAUUGUGCGCGGAGCGUAAUAGGGUGUGACCAUUAUUUACAUUGUAUUUUCAAUGUAUUUCUUAUUUGAUGAUGUUAUUUGGUCUACAUGACAACAGCUUUAUGUAUGUAGUUUUUUGUUAUUAAAUGCUGAAAACGUA